AUGUCGUCUGGGACUCUAGGUAGUGGAGUGGGAAUUGAAAGUUGUCCAAGUGGGGUUUUCAGUCUUCAAAUUCAUAACUCCAACACACCUAGUUUCUUUAAGGUCAUGGAUUCCUCCACUAAUGCUCCCUUUGUUUCUACACAAGUGGAUGGUGCUGCUGCCACCCAAGCAGAUGGUGCUACUGCCACUGCCACCCAAGAGGCUGCUGCUGCAACCCAAGCUGAAGCUACUGAUGGUGAGUUGCCCCUAGUUCCACCUAGUGUAGUGAGUAAGACUGGUACUGGUAGUGGUAGGAAAAAGUCUUUAGCUUGGAAUCAUUUUGAAAAAGUAAAGAACCCUAAUAGAGAAGAUAAAGGGCAGAAAACCUUGGCUUUUGAACCCAAAAAUGAUGGAGAUGAAGGGUUCAAACUUGUGUCAACAACUUUUUCUGUUGAGGCUUCUAGAAAGGCACUAGCUGAAAUGAUAAUAAUUGAUGAGUUGCAUUUUAGGUGUGUUGAGGGUUAUGGGUUUAAGAAAUAUGUAACUACGUUACAACCUAAGCUUCGUGUAAAAGAUAUUCCAUCUCGACAAACUGUGGCUAGAGAUAUAAUUGGAAUUUAUAAUACUGAGAGAAAGAAGCUAAGGAAAUCCUUGAAGGGUUGUAGGGUGUGUCUUACUACGGACACAUGGACUUCUCUACAAAAUUUGAAUUAUAUGUGUCUCACAUGUCACUUUAUUGAUGAUACUUGGAAGUUGCAUAAAAGAAUUUUAAAUUUUUGUCAAGUUGAAGAUCAUAAGGGGGAGACUAUAGGUAGAAAGAUUGAGAUGUCUUUGCGUGAGUGGGGUAUUGAUGGCAUAUUCACUUUGACAGUGGAUAAUGCUAGUUCCAAUUUAACCACAGUUAAAUUUUUACAAAGGGUAACAAAAGAUUGGAAUGGGACAGUUUUAGGAAAUGAGUUAAUGCACAUGAGGUGUUGUGCCCAUAUCCUAAAUCUAAUUGUUGGGGAGGGUUUGAAAGAAAUUGAUGCAUCUGUUGCUAGGGUGCGUGAAGCUGUGAGGUAUGUGAAGUCCUCGCCUAAUAGAAAUCAAACCUUUAGGAAUUUUAUGGAGAGGUUAGGUAUGGAGUCCAAGAGUCUUCUUUGUUUAGAUGUACCUACUAGGUGGAACUCAACUUACCUUAUGUUAGAAACUGCUAAAAAAUUCGAGAAAGUAUUCCUUAGGAUGGACUUUGAAAAUGAUGGUUAUUCAUCAUAUUUUAGGAGCAAGGAAGAUAGUGGUGGUUUGGGAUCUCCUUGUAUGAGUGAUUUCCAAAAUUGUAAGGCAUUUGUGACUUUCUUGAGGCUUUUUUACAAUGCAACAAAGAAGUUUUCUGGCUCUUUGUAUGUGACCUCAAAUGCCUUUUUUGAUGAAAUCUUUGUUAUUUAG